CUGAGCUGCAUCAGUCGGUUUGCGCAGGACGCGCCGCCAUGACGCGCACGGCUCCGCUGCUGCUCCUCCACGCGCUCCUCCUGCUGGGCUGCUGCUCCUCCUCCUCCUCCUCCUCCUCCUCCUCCUCCUCUUCCUCCUCCUCCUCCUCCUCCUCCUCCUCCUCUUCCUCCUCCUCUUCCUCCUCCUCCAUCCUCUGCUCCUGGACUAAAGUUUCCCCCGGCGGUGAAGUUCACCGCAGCUUCCUGCGCGGCGCGCCCCCGCGCCUGUACCACGCAGUCUGGUCCCGGGAGCGCGCGCUGCUGGGCUGCGCGUGGAGCGAAGAUGCGGCGGUGCUCCGCGGCUACGCGUCCCUGUGCGGGGAGCGCACGCACGCGGAGCCGGGAGCCGAGGAGGAGCCGCUGCUGCCGGCGGAGGAGCAGUGCGCGCCGCUGGAGGCGGAGGAGGGGCGCGAGCGCGCGAGGAGGAGAGCCGCAGGCGGAGGUCACGGCCAGGGGUCAGAGGUCACGGCGCACCGGCGCGUGAAGCGCGGCUUCAUCGUGCCGGGGACUCUGUGGUGCGGCUCCGGGAACAAGGCUCCGUCCUAUGAAGACCUGGGAGUGUUUUCAGCCACGGACCGCUGCUGCCGGGAACACGACCAGUGUGAAGACACCAUCCUGUCCUUCCACUCGCAGUACGGCGUCUUCAACGCCAACAUCUUCACCAUGUCGCACUGCGACUGCGACAACAGGUUCCGCCGCUGUCUGAAGGACGCCAACGACAGCAUGGCCGACGUGGUGGGCUACACGUUCUUCAACCUGCUGAAGAUGCACUGCUUCCAGCUCUCCCACCGGCUGCAGUGUUCUCAGAGGAACUGGUUCGGACUGUGUAAAGAGACUCGGAUGGCUCUGUACGCCGAGGUCCACCCCCCCACCCUGUACGAGACCUCCACCCCAGCAGAGGGCGACGUCAACGGCACCGCCUCCUCCAUCAACUCCACCUCCGCCGCAGGGGUCGACGAGGGCGGCCCGCCGGAUCUCCGGCCCGCCGUGGCCCCGGUCACAUCCUCAGAGGCUCGUCCCGGAUCUCGUGGUCCUGCAGCAGGAAGUCCCGGACCAUCCCCACAAGCUUGUACAACAUCAGCACCAGGAAGUGCAGGACGACCACGUAGCUCCCAAGGUCCUGGAGCCCCCCCAGCUCAAAGAUCCACAGCUGGUCCUCGUGAAGCGCCACCCGCAGGAACACCGGGACCUCCGGGAGGUACGGGUAAAAUAUCACCAGCAGGGCCGCCGCGACGCUCCGGGCCUGCAAGACCUCCAUCUGAGAGAAACACAACGCGUCUGCCGACGGAGCAACAGCCUGCUGUGGCAGCGACUCGGAGCUCCUGUGGCGUUUUCCAGCAUCUGGACGAGUGUAAAGACGUGAUUCUGCCCCGGCAGACCAAGUACGGCCUCCGGAACCCGGAUCCCAGGACUCUGUACCACUGCAACUGCACCGGGGGGUUCUUCCAGGCUGCAGCCCUGCAGGGAGACCUGGACCCGCUGAGACUGGUCCUGCAGGGACACGUGGCCCCGUCCUGCUUCAGGACACACAACUGCAGCAGCGGCUGUGUGGCGUCGCUGCUGGAGGCGGAGCUUCCUGAGCCGGGCCGCAGGACGGCGUCCGGCUCCCGGCCGGAGGAGCGGCGCCCUCUGCAGGCGGCAGACCCGACGGCGAGGAGGGCGAGGAGGAAACCGGGAGCAGCGACGCUCCAGAGGCAGUGUGUGAGGCUCCGGAGGAGGAGGCCGCGGGUCUGAGCGCGCACGGCAGGACGGCGCGGUGGAGCAGCGGUUUGCACCGCUGCCUCGGCUGGAGUGUGGAGAGAGACAGCGGCUCUGCAACUCUGCACCUGACCACCAGAGUAAUGAAACCCUGACCCCGUUUACACGACAGCCGUUCAAGUGAAAACGCCUCGUUUUGAAAUCUGUUUACACGGAAACGCUGAAAACAGCGCAGUGAGCAUGCGAAGCCGCUGGUGGAGGCGGUUCGAUGUCUUUAGAACUGUGUCUGGAAAUGAUCUCAAGAGAACCAGAGUACAGCGGCAUGUCCGUCACACGGGACGAUUUCAGGCUACGUUAGUAUCUGCCUUCACAAUGCUAAUGCUAGGCUAGCGGAGGAAUUCAAACCGUGAGAAGAAGCUCUGGUGCUUCCUGUCCUGCUGCAUGUGGUCCCGUCGUUUGGUCACUUCUGUUCGUCUUAAACCCACAGACGCUCCUCCGGAUACUGCCGCCGGCUAGCAUCGCUGCUAGCACUGCUGGCGAGUACCGCCAGCCAGCACCGCUAUGGAGCUCAACGCCAAUAUGCUGAAUAAGUCUGAGUGGGCGUCUCCAUGCAGUUGGUACUUGAAUGCUAUUGGUUCAUUUGCGUUUGGGGCGGGGCUUAGCCAUGGGUCCCUCCUGUGGAUAGUUGCUUGAUUUAUGGAAUCAAUAUUUAUUAGAACUAAAAAAAAAAAAAAAAAAAACAACGAAUGAGUUUCUGUCUACUGUGGUCGCCCUUGAUUU